CAGAUUUUCGAUUUGGAUCAAAUCUAUUACAAAUACAUUAUCAUAUGACAAACAGUCUAUAAUCACCGUAUAAAAAUAUUUCCAUUUACAUACAGAAAUGUUAAAUUUGGCUGGAUUUUGAAAAAAAAAAAAUGAAUCUAGCUGAUCCUGAACUUGAAUUGAUAGACCCAACACCCAAUGUUCAUACUUUGUUCCUUCAUUUUGACAAACUUUUCUUUUGGACCAAACUGGCAAGCAGAGCUGUAGUGAGAUGGAGCAAGAGAAUGUAUUCCUGCGCCGGUGUAUGUUCGUACGAGGGCAGAGGAGGACUCUGUGAUAUUGCAUUGAGCGAACCACUUCUCAAGUUACGUCCACGCAAAGAUCUCAUACAAACCCUACUUCAUGAGAUGAUUCAUGCAUAUCUAUUCAUCACUUGCCGUGACAGGGAACGGGACGGUCAUGGACCAAACUUCAAGGCACACAUGUAUAGAAUAAAUAAAUCUGCAGGCUUAAACAUUACUAUUUAUCAUGAUUUCCAUGAUGAGGUAGAGUUAUACCAAACCCACUGGUGGAGAUGUAAUGGGCCUUGCCAAAGCAGGAAACCAUACUUUGGGAUUGUGCGCCGACCACAAAACAGAACACCAGGACCUAAAGAUUACUGGUGGUCUAAGCAUCAGCAAACUUGUGGAGGUAUGUUUAUAAAGAUUAAAGAGCCGGAAAAGAAACCUCGAAAAGGCAAUAAGACUGAAAAUAAACAUGGAGAUAUUACAAAAUAUGUUAGCAGCAAUAAUGUUAAAAACCCUUUGACACCUGUUUUGAAAAAUAGCAAUAUAAAUAAUCGUACCAAUAUAAAGUCAAACAGUGGAAACACAAUAGUAACAACAAAAAAUACUAGUAAUCCUAAUAAACCGAAUCCUCCUAUUAAAGCAUUUAGUGGUACUGGUCAAGUUAUAAACAAUAUAAGGAAUAAAAGUGACAUAUCUGAUGUCAAAGAAACUGUUAGAAAUGUUUGGGCUAAUAAAAAAUUGUCAGGUUUAAAUAUUAAACCUAAUAAUGCUGUAAAACCAAUAAAACAAAAAGCAGUACCGGUACACUCAGAUUCACCUCCUUCAAAAAUUAAAAAGAUAGACGAUUAUUUUAAACGCACAGCCUCUUCUUUAUUGAGUGAUUUAUAUGGACAAAAUAUAGAAUUGACACAAGAUAAUAAUAAAAUAAUUGUCGUUUCUAACAAAAAUCUUAUUAAUAUCCCUGAGAAUAAUAAAAUAAUUGCAGUGAGUAAUAAAGACCUUGUUGAUUGUCCAGUAUGUAACAAAAAAGUUGAUGCCAGUGAUAUUAAUAAACAUUUAGAUGAAUGUUUGAAUACAAAAAUUAUUGAAAAACUCAGUGAACAUGAUAUACAACCUAUUUCAUCAGGCACUGGUGUAAUUGCUAGUCAAAAUACAACAAAAAAAUCCCUCAAAGAAUUAAUUGGGUCUAUACCAGAAAUACCUCUAUAUAAAAAGAAAGAAAAUACUUAUAAUAACAAAAUGUUCAAGGAAGAAAAUGGAGAACUUAUACCAACAUGUACUAGUGAAACUAUUGAUCUCGCUAAUGUGGAUAUGAACUAUGUAUCAAAUAUUAAAACUCCUACAGUUAAAGUGGAAGAUAACAGUGAUCACAAUCAGUUUGAUACAAACGAUAUUAACAAAGUAAAAGCAGUAGUGAAAAGAAUAACUUAUGAUAAACAUGUUAGAAAAUCUGAUAAUUUUGUAGUGCCAAAAGAAGAAAGAAACGGAGUUGACUGCGGAUUCUUACCAUCAUUUUUGGAUGAUAUGGGAACGGCUAUUAAGCCUGCUGCUAUUAAAAUAGAACCAGGUACAAGUAAAGAUAUAGUGUCUGCUUUGACACCUAAAUGUCCAUGCUGUGGCAAUGUUGUUAAUAAGCCAAUGGCUGAGCAUUUAGACGAGUGUCUCGCCUUCAUGAACAAUGAUACAACAGAACCAAUGGAAGGGGCAUCAACUAGCUUCGCAAAUAAUACUAUAGUCGUAGAUGAUGACGAUGACGAUAUAUUUGAUGAAACAAUGACUAUGAAUGCCACGGGAACGAAGACACCAUGUCCUUGUUGUAUGGAAAUGAUUGAAAUGUCGGUUAUGAAUGACCACCUAGACAGUUGUUUGAGUUGAUUGUAGAAUAAUUU